AUGCCGGGUGAAGAUUUGGUGUUCGGUGUUAAUGGAGAGAAAUUUGAAGUCUUGUCAGUUGAUCCUUCCACAACCUUACUGGAGUUCUUGCGUUCCAACACUCGCUUUAAGUGUCUCAAGCUCAGCUGUGGCGAAGGGGGUUGUGGUGCUUGCAUCGUAAUUUUAUCAAGAUAUGAUCCAGUGUCAGACCAAGUGGAGGAAUAUUCUAUAAACUCUUGCCUGACCCUUCUCUGCAGCAUAAACGGAUGCUCCAUAACAACAUCCGAUGGACUCGGAAACACCGAGAAAGGCUUCCACCCGAUUCACAAGAGAUUUGCAGGGUUCCAUGCGUCUCAGUGUGGUUUCUGUACCCCAGGGAUGUGCAUCUCUCUCUACUCUGCUCUCUCAAACGCCCAUAAACAACACUCUUCUCCUCCGGAUUACCUGACUGCUUCUGCGGCUGAGAAGUCUAUUUCUGGAAACCUUUGUCGCUGCACCGGUUAUCGUCCCAUUGCCGAUGCUUGCAAGAGUUUUGCUUCCGAUGUCGAUAUAGAGGACUUAGGUUUCAACUCUUUUUGGAAGAAAGGGGAAAGCAGAGAAGACAUGUUCAAGAAACUGCCUCCUUACAACCCUGAUAAAGAUCUUGUCACUUUCCCAAACUUCUUGAAAGAAAGGAUAAAGCGUCAACAUAAUAAUGUUUUGGAUCCGAGGAGAUACCAUUGGAGCACUCCUUUAAGCGUCGCCGAGCUUCAAGAAAUAUUGGCGAAAACCAAGCCUGGUGGUGAUGAUAAAAAAUUAGUUGUUGGCAACACGGGGACAGGUUACUACAAAGAAGAGAAGAAACACUAUGGUGGUGGGUAUAUUGAUAUUAGCCACAUUCCAGACAUGUCAAUGAUCAAGAAAGAUGACAGUGGAAUUGAAAUCGGAGCAGCCGUUACCAUAUCUAAAGCCAUUGAUGCUUUGAUGGAGGAGGAAGAUACUUAUGUUUUCAAGAAAAUAGGUAUUCAUAUGGAGAAAGUUGCCAAUCAUUUCAUCAGAAACUCAGGGAGUAUCGGUGGCAAUCUAGUGAUGGCACAGAGCAAAAGCUUCCCUUCUGACAUAACCACGCUUUUGCUCGCUGCAGAUGCAUCUGUCCAUCUGAUAAAUGGAGGGAGGCACGAGAAGCUUAGGAUCGGAGAGUUUCUUGUGUCUCCUCCGAUAAUAGAUCUCACUAAAUCCGUCCUUUUGAAGGUUCACAUUCCUAGCUGGACUUGUUCUUCUACGACUGGUUUGCUUUUUGAAACCUAUCGAGCUGCGUCUCGUCCUCUCGGAAGUGCAUUGCCUUACCUCAACGCUGCUUUCUUAGCAGUAGUCUCCCACGAUGAAUCAUCAUCAAGAGGCAUCGUUGUGGAUAAAUGCCGGUUAGCAUUUGGUUCUUUUGGUGGGUCUCAUUCAAUCAGAGCGAGGGAAGUUGAGGAUUUCUUGACCGGUAAGGUACUCAGCCACAGUGUUUUAUAUGAAGCUGUGAGGUUGCUUAAAGGGAUCAUAGUGCCAAGCGUUGAUACUUCAUACUCUGAGUAUAAGAAAAGCUUGGCCAUUGGGUUUCUCUUUGAUUUUCUCUAUCCUCUGAUCGAGAGUGGCGGUUGGGAUUCAGAAAGAAAGCAUGUUGAUGGACACGUAGAUCCAGCAAUAUCUCCUCCUUUGCUGUCAUCUUCACAGCAGGUUUUUGAAAGUAAAGAGUUUCAUCCUGUUGGUGAAGCCAUUAUCAAAUAUGGAGCUGAAAUGCAGGCUUCUGGUGAAGCUGUUUAUGUUGAUGAUAUGCCAUCGUUACCGGAUUGUCUGCAUGGAGCAUUCGUAUAUAGCACAAAGCCAUUGGCUCGGAUUAAGAACAUUGGUUUCGGAGGAAAUGUGGCGCCAACUGGAGUUUUGGCAGUUAUUACUUACAAGGAUAUUCCUCAAUUGGGCCAAAACAUUGGUUACAUAUCUAUUUUUGGGACUGGACGUCUAUUUGCAGAUGAAGUUACUACAGUUGCCGGACAAAUAAUUGCUCUUGUGGUUGCAGACACACAAAAGCAUGCAGAUAUGGCAGCAAAACUUGCAGUGGUUGAGUACGAUACAAGGAACGCAGAAACAGCAGUAUUAUCUGUGGAGGAUGCAGUCGAAAGGUCCAGCCUUUUUGAGGUUCCUCCAGAGUAUGACCCUGAGCCCGUUGGCGAUAUCUCCAAAGGAAUGGAUGAAGCUGAUCGCAGGAUACGCUCUGUUGAGUUGAGACUCGGUUCACAGUACUUCUUCUACAUGGAGACACAAACCGCACUUGCCUUGCCAGACGAAGACAAGUCCAUAGUGGUUUACAGUGCAACUCAAUCACCGGAGUACACACAAUCAGCGGUUGCUAAAUGUCUUGGCAUCCAAGAUCAUAGCGUGCGAGUCAUCACCAGAAGACUUGGAGGUGCCUUUGGUGGAAAAGCUAUCAAGUCUAUGCCUGUUGCGACGGCAUGUGCGCUUGCUGCACAGAAACUGCAGCGUCCUGUGAGGAUAUACCUCAACCGUAAGACUGAUAUGAUAAUGGCUGGAGGAAGACAUCCCCUGAAGAUAACUUACAGUGUUGGUUUCAGAUCUGACGGUAAACUCACAGCACUAGAGCUGUAUAUAUUAGUAGAUGCAGGGAUAGAUGUGGAUGUAAGUCUAAUGCUGCCAAUGAAUAUAAUCAAUGCCCUGAAGAAAUAUGACUGGGGUGCAUUGUCAUUUGACAUUAAAGUCUGUAAAACAAACCUUCCAAGCAGAACGUCUUUGAGAGCACCUGGUGAGGUACAAGGUUCGUAUAUCGCUGAAUCUAUCAUUGAGAAAGUAGCAUCUUCUCUGAACAUGGACGUGGAUGUUGUGAGAAGGAUAAAUCUGCAUAGCUACGAAAGCCUCAAGAAGUUCUAUACGCAAGAAGUUGCUGGUGAGCCUGAUGAGUAUACUCUGCCUUUGCUAUGGGACAAACUGGAGAUAUCUUCGGAUUUUAAGCGAAGGGAAGAGUCGGUGAAAGAGUUUAACCUUUGUAACGUGUGGCGCAAGAGAGGGAUUUCUAGAGUGCCAAUCGUCUACGAAGUUGUGCAUAGGGCAACUCCAGGGAGAGUGAGCAUUUUGAGCGAUGGUUCGGUUGUGGUUGAGGUCGCUGGUAUUGAGAUGGGACAGGGGUUAUGGACAAAGGUGCAACAGAUGGUUGCUUAUGGUCUUGGUUUGAUCAAAUGCGACGGAAGCCAAGAUCUGCUUCACAGAGUACGACUUAUUCAGACCGACACGCUAAGUAUGGUUCAAAGCAGUUACACUGCGGGUAGCACAACAUCCGAGAACUGUUGUGAAGCGGUCAGGCUUUGUUGCAGUAUCUUGGUCGAGAGGCUUAAACCUACCAUGAAUCAGAUUUUGGAGAAUGCUCGAUCCGUGACAUGGGACAUGCUCAUUCAGCAGGCUAAUACUCAAUCUGUGGACCUAUCAGCUCGAACAUUUUAUAAGCCAAAGUCUUCUUCCACAGAGUAUCUCAACUAUGGAGUUGGAGCCAGUGAGGUGGAGGUGGACCUUGUGACAGGAAGAACAGAAAUCAUAAGAUCAGAUAUCAUUUACGACUCUGGAAAAAGCCUUAACCCUGCGGUUGAUUUAGGGCAGAUUGAAGGAGCGUUUGUUCAAGGAAUCGGGUUUUUCAUGUCUGAAGAGUACACAACAGAUGAAAACGGGCUUGUGAAUCAAGAAGGUACAUGGGACUACAAAAUCCCUACAAUAGACACAAUUCCCAAACAGUUCAACGUUCAGAUUCUCAACAGUGGUCAUCACAAGAACCGCAUCCUCUCCUCUAAAGCUUCAGGUGAGCCUCCGUUGCUUGUGGCGGCUUCUGUGCAUUGUGCAACAAGAUCAGCCGUUAGAGAAGCUCGGAAACAGUAUCUUUCAUGGAAUAGCAAUAGUGGUGAAUCUGAUAUUGGUUUUGAGUUGCCGGUUCCAGCGAUUAUGCCGGUUGUGAAGCAGCUUUGUGGUCUUGACAGCGUAGAGAAGUACUUGGAAUGCAAAACGUGUAGUAAGCGGAGUAAAGAGUCUAUCUAG